AGACGGAAACGUGCGGAAGCGGGAAAGCGGAAGAGGAAAGGGCUGAAGUGACCAACAUUUUAACGCGUUGAAGUGUUGUCGCAGGAAAAAAAAAACAAAAAUGUUGAAAGACUUGAUCAGGAAGCGACUAAUAGCGGCAGCUGAUGACAUCUUCGAGCUGUUUGAGAGAACAAUGCGCCCUACGAGGAGGAAAUUUCUCGAACGCGGGAAGAAAAGGCGCGACAUGGACAACAACUGCAAGUGGUGCUACAAAGUCAAGCAGACCAGCAGCCCCCCCCACAUUAAAGUAGAAGCAAAGGACCUGUGGACCAACCAGGAGGGAGAGGGUCUUCUAGAGGCGGAGGAGGGUCUUCUAGAGGCGGAGGAGGAGGAUCUCGGCAAGAUGCCAGUGACCGUCGUCUCCGUGAAGGCGGAAGACGACGAAGACGAUCCACAAGCGGCCGACCUCGUCUCUCCCCUGGCAGACAGCGACGAGACGUCGGACUCUCACGGGGAGGAAGACCAGGACGACGGCCGAGAACCUUUGAGCAGCGAUACGGACUGUGAAGGGGAUUUAAGGACCUAAGCUGGCAUCGAGCGCUCCGACUGCCCCGAAAAGAAAUCCGCUAUGGAAUGUUUCGCCUGCUCUUUUUGUGCUAAAAGCUUCUCCGAUAAGACCGCUGUGGCUCGACAUAUGAGAACGCACACAGGAGAAAGACCCUUCAGUUGUUCAGUCUGCGCCAAGACCUUCUCUCGGAAGUUCCACAUGCUCUCGCACAUGAGAACACACACGGGAGAGAAACCCUACAGAUGCUCGAUUUGCGGUAAAGGAUUCAACCACAAAGGGAAUAUGGAAUCUCACAUGAGACUGCACACGGGGGAGAAACCUUUUCAUUGCCCGACAUGCGACGAAACCUUCAUCAGAAAGGUUUCCUUGAUAGUCCACCAAAGGACGCACACCGGGGAAAAACCCUUCAGUUGCUCUGUUUGCGGCAAACAGUUCUCUCAUAAGUCGUACAUGGUCAAACACAUGAGGACGCACACCGGAGAAAAACCUUUUAUUUGCACAGUUUGUGGCAAAGGUUUAGCUGUGAAGGCAUCCUUGAUCAGACACCAAAGAACACACGUUGGGGAAAAAAGUUAAUUGUUCAGUUUGGGAUGUAAGAUUCUCCCCAGAGGAUGUUAUGAGGAGAAAACAUAUAUUUGUGUGCACUCUGGGUUGAAACAUAAAAAAAAUGACAUUUGGUUUUAUUUCUUGUCUUUGUAAAACUCAGUCUUUCCUCUCCUAAGUCCUCAUGAUAUCUUUUUUUCAUGAAAAAAACAAAUUUGUGGUGAUACUGCAUGAUGUACUUCCUAAUAAAGUUGUUUAUUUCUGCCUGCCAAA